UAAUCCUUUCUAGGGAGAGACAGACAGACUCCUCAUUUGUUCUAAGGUCCACUAAUAACACUCUGCUGCCAUCACGUGGCAAAGAUUAUCACCUACACCCCCCCCCACCACAGCUAUUACACACCAUCUGUUGUUGGUGUUUCCAUGGCAACAGCCCUCUGUUACCUGGUGCAGGUGAGAAUUGGCAAACAACAGAGCAGAGGAGCUGCGGGGGAAGACAACAACAGAACCAACAUGAACAGCCUCUUAUCCAGAGACGUCCAGGUGAAGAGCAUGGAGCAGACGGUGAAACAUGCUGAGAAGUACCUGGGUGAGAUCUGCUCCCUGCUGGCCUCCUACACCAGGAAGACGGCCAAGCUCCGAGACAAGGCGGACCUGCUGGUGGCUCAGCUCUUUGACUUCUCCAGCAGAGAGGACCCCGAGCUCCAGAUCGGCCUGAAAAACAUGGCAGAGGACCUGGCCAUGGUGCAGGACUACAGGCAGGCUCAGGUAGAGAGACUGGAGACGAGAGUUGUCGCUCCUCUAAAAGCCUACGGAGACAUAGUGAAAAAUAAAAAGGCAGAUCUGAAGAAGUUCAGCACUGAUCUGAACAGAGAGAUGAAGGAGCUGCAGAAACUGGAGAAAAUCCGACUGAGGAACCCGGCAGAUCGACAGAGCAUCUCUCAGGCAGAAGUAAACGCUCAGAAAGCUUCCAACAAUGCCCAGCGCAGUAUCAGACAGCUGGAGGAGACCAUCACAGACUUCCAGAGACAGAAACUGGAGGAUGUCAAAAGGAUUUUCACCGACUUCAUCACAGUGGAGAUGCUCUUCCAUGCUAAAGCGCUGGAGGUCUAUGCACACACAUACCACAACCUAGAGGCGAUGAACACUCAAAAGGAUCUGGAGUUGUUCAAUGGACGGAUCAAGAUGUCUGACUUUCUGACUGGGCGCCUGGACACCCCUCUGACCGGCUACCCUUCUCCCCUCAUGAGCCACCGUCCUCCUCUGGCCUCCCCCACGGGCCGAAGCCUCAGGUCAACGCUGGCUUCCACCACAGGCCAAACCCAGAGACAACAACAUAGCCAGUACCCAGACACCGUCAGGAGGCCUCGCAGCACCUUACAACGCCAGAGAGGCAUGGAGGAGGAGGAGGGCGAUGAAGAGCUGGACGGGGACGAAGAAGAAGAGGAAGAAGAAGAAGAAGAGGAAGAAGAGGAGGAGAUUUAUGAAUCAGAGAUAGAAGAGGGUCUGCACACCAGCAGGCAGUCUUACGCUGCUCAAUAUGCACAGAUGCACAGAUGGCAGAAGUAAAAGCUUGUGCACGGGAGCAUACACAGAAGCAGCUGCUUGUACGCAACGCUGAAAUAUAUCUGCUGUAACCUGUAGAGCUGCAACAACUUAUUUUCAUUAUUGUUGUCACCAAGGCGCAGUCUUUAAAAUUAGGUUCAUACAAUAUUAAUAAAACUGAACGCACUGAAAACAAUGUUUUGCUCAGACAUAUUGUUAUAAUAAAAAAGGAGUCAGCUCGACAGAAAAAGGGUUCCCAAAAUAAACCUAGAUGGAUCAACUUACUGUGAUAGGAUGCAAUAUUUUUCUUUAAAGUUCAACAUUUAACAUAAGGCCACAUCUGGACUUUAUAGGGAUCAAAGCUGACUGACAGGUUUCACUUCACCAUCCACAGGUCUGUCAGAAUGAAUUUGUAGUCCAUAAAGAACAGGCCUCCAUCAUCAUUAUUUAGUUUAUAGGCUCCAAUUCCCUUUUUAAUAUGUUUGCCUAUGAGAUUCAUAUGUAUGUAGACAUAAUAAAUGCUUAGUUUGUAUUUUGCCUUCAGAUUUUUGGUAUUGUACAUUUAUUUUUACACAUUAAACUUAAAGGAGUUUAAAAGAUAUUUUUGCUCUGUCUUUACUCAACCUUCAGUAUUAAACUUAAAAAUAGCACAUGUAACUCCGAUUUAUAUUAUUCAAGUUGAACUUAAAAAUAACAUUAUUAUUAUUAUUAUUAUUAUUAUUAUAACAAUAAGGCAGAAAGUACAGGUGUGAAGCACAUCUGACUUUAAUGCCAGAAACUGGAGUUUGUAUCCCAUCCUGAAAUCAGCAGUUGCCUUCUCAUCAACUACAAGCACAAUGUUCCUCAACCCUUUUACCAUAUGGAGAUAUUGUGCAAAGAAAUAAUACAAAUAAAUGUUGGUAUCGGGCAU